CCGCCUCCGAAGCGGUGAGUGGCGCCGCCCACGACCAAUGGCGCCGUAGGCAGGCGGGAGCGUCACGUCGGGUUGGGUUAGAGCUGCGCCUGUCAGUGCGGGCGGCGGGAUGGCGGCGCUUUAUGCUUGCACCAAGUGCCACCAGCGCUUCCCGUUCGAGGCGCUCAGCCAGGGACAGCAGCUCUGCAAGGUCAGGGCCAGGAACGGGCGGGGGCUGAGGGGGCGCGGGCGCCGUGGCGGUUAGGAGCGCGAGCUGUGAGCCGGAAUCCCUCCCGCCGACCCUUCUCUUCCUCUCCCGUCGGAGCUCAGCUUAGCCGCCUCCUUGGGUGACCUUAGCCAGAACAGCUUCGCUCGGCCUCUAACCUCCUUCUGUCUGUCUGUCUCUCUCUGCCUCCUCCUCCCUGAGCCUCCAGUUCAUGCUGGAAUCAGAACAACACCGGCCUACCUCACAGGGUGGUUGUUGUUGUUGUGGCCGAGGCGUGCUGUAAUCGAAGGGCAGCAUUACUCGGCCUCCCCCCUCUCUCCCCCCCCCAGGCCACCACUCCAUAUUGGAAUCAACUGGCCUACCUCACAGGGUUGCUGUCAUCAUCCCUGACAAGCACGGCUGAGUCAUGACGUAUUCAAAGAUCUUUGAAGGCUGGGUGAAGGGAAUAAGAGAAAUCAUGAUCAAAAUCAGGAUGCGUUUAUAUUCCUUGCAACUUUCUGCACAGGAGCUGUAGGUGCCACAGGGGGCAUAAUCUCCUGGAUAUCCAUGCAGUAACUGUGUGAGGUAGGCUAGGUUUGAGAGUAAGGCCCAAGACUGUUCAGGGAUCUUUGGGGUGAGCGGUGGGAAUUCAAAGUCACGUCUCUGCGGUCCAGUGUCAUAUAGCUAUUAUACCACCACUCCGACUCUGGGACUGGUUUCUUCUUCUUCUUCAGGACGUGCUUUGAUGAAGACAAUAGAAGGGGAAAGGAAUGGAGCAAGAAGCCAAGACUUCAGUUAUGUGCUCUUACCUGAGAGAAAGCCCCACUGAAUGUAGUGGACCUUAUUUCUGAGUAAACAUUUCUGAGUAAACAUUGGCCUAUAGAUUGUAGUAGGUGUUGUUGCUUAGGGAGGUGGUUUGGCAACCGGGUAGGAAGGCGCUUCUUGGGUUUGUGAGUGUACCCACAAAUCCCACUUAACAUAGCUUUAGUUAUUUCCUGCAUACAUCCUUUGUGAAGUCAGAGUGUAUUUGUUUAUUCCUAUUAUUUGUAUGCUUGUGCCUUGUGUGUUAGCUUCUUCUAAUUGGGGUUCAUUAAGAAAGAUGUGGCCUGUGGCAGUAUGUAGUUAGCAUGUUUCAUAAGUUAUUCUUCAGCCAAACAGCUCCCAGGCAAUUUCACAAUAAAAUCAAUAUAAUCAUAAAAGAAAUACAUUAAAGACCAUAUAACGGGACAAAUGAGUCAUAUAAUAAGAUCAGGAAUAAAGAUGUUGGUGUCUCAUCCUAGGCAAUAUUAUUAUUAGUUAUUAGUUACCCAAUUUGUAUAACACCCUUCAUUCGAAGAUCUCAGGGCGGUUCACAACAUAAAAAGAAAGAAAACCACAAUAUGUUAUUGUUUUUAUUAAAUUUUUGUUUUAUUAACUUGUUAAGUCACCUAAAAAGGGCAUUCCUUAGGCAACUUACAAUCAAGUUUAAAAACAAUUGGAUUUAAAUGUACUGAAAGUAAUUACUGACAUCUUGCUCUUGUUUGUGUUUUGCACUCUUGCUUAAAGUUAAAUGCUGCUUCUUAUCUAAUGUGGUAUCUAACUACUGUUCCUUUGCUGCAGUAUGACUCUCUUCAGUGACUGAUUACAAUCAAGAGCAACAGUGAAGGAGCCAUGAUUUUCUUUAUGAAUCCCUAUUAACAUACUCAUUGCUAAAGAGACACUAUGUUGUUUUUCUUAGAAGAAUUCCAGUUUUCUGUGCCACUAACAAAAUACACAGAUGAACUAUAAAGAGAGGAGUUUUGACUCUGGAGACAAUAACAUUGUAAGAUGACCCUGCAUGUUGCACUAGUCGUCUUCUCUAGCUGGAUGCUGUGUAAAGCAGUAGCCCUGUCUAAUUGGUUCCUGGGCCAGAAUACAAAAAUCUGUUGUUUGAUAGUUUGCCACUUUGAGUCAUCGCUCUAGUACCUGCCUUCAUCUUUAUCACGAUGGGAUUUCUCUCUUCACCAUUCCUUGUCAGUAUCUCACUCCUUAAGUUAUGGGAUGAUACAUUAGUGACAACCCGAACACCUUUUGUAUGUUUUUGCCUUUCAAUUCAAUUCCCUAGAUGUUUAUAACUUUCAAAAAUCUUUCUCUUUCAGGAAUGUCGGAUUGCACACCCCAUUGUUAAAUGUACUUAUUGCAGAACUGAAUUCCAGCAAGAGAGGUAAAUACUUGCUCAGCCUUUUUACACUAGAUUGUCUGGGUGGGUGGGGGAAAUGGAACUGCCUUCUUUGAGUUAUCUUAAAUUGUGGCUUUUCAUUGUUUGAUUCCAAAACAAAGACUGCCUGUUCUGGUGCCUUCAGCAUUUGUUGACUCUCCAAAACACUUGAGCUAUUGUUUUAAACAUAAGAGUGGUGCUUUGCCAGUCAGUCAGGGAGUCUGACCUUGUAUCCAAUAGCGAAAAAUACUCGGCAUUAUUUUGCUAACUAAUUCACACAUCAGUUCAGAAGUGAACUCUAUCAGAAUCUGUUUCCAAGGAUUGGAAGGCUUGGGAUUGCAAGCUUGGACCAUAGAAACAUAGGAAGAUGCCUUGUGCUGAGUCAGACCAUUGGUCCACAUAGCCCAGUAUUGUCUGCUCUGACUGGCAGCAGCUGCCCAGGAUUUUAGACAUGGUUCUCUCCCAUGUCCUUUUUGGAGAUGCCAGGGAUUUAAUUUAGGACCUUUUUAAUGCAAAGUAGAAUUGCUUUGUAGAAUAUAAUUUGAAAUAGCUUUGCACAACUCCAAUUGAGUUGAACACUCAUGAGCAACCCCUACUAUUUUAAACAGGAGACAGCAAAUCAUUCUGUCUUUCUGCAUUUUUAUAUAUUGUGCAUUUUUUUAUUUCUUAAAUUAAAAUAUUAUAGAAUUGGAUCCAGAACUUAAUAGUUACAAACUGACCAUAUCAUGUAAGGCAUAAAUGGUAUAUAAUUCAUAAAGCGACAAAGUUACUUCUUUUUGCUUUAUAAUCUCUAAAUGCAGAUCACGUUACAUCAUGUUUUCCUAUCUUAAUUUAAUCUUUUUGUUGUUUUGCUAGCAAAACCAACACAAUAUGCAAGAAGUGUGCACAGAACGUGAAACUUUAUGGGACGGUAUGUUUCAGUCUUCUUUCCUUACGCACUGGAAGUUUAUCUUAAUUCCUAUAGUAUAGUGAAAGGGUGGGAAAUCUAUUCCUGCCAGUGGGCCAGAUCCUUAUCUUCCCACCCUGAGGACCAAAUUUGCCAGGCAGGUGGAUCCAUCUACCUGUGUGUCAAUCACCUGACAUCAUAGUCACAUUGGGUGGCAUUGCGCUUUGCAGCCCUGAAUGUCAGCUAAACUGAGCAGGAUCUAACUCCUGCUUGUCAGCUGGUGAGGGGAUUGCAUCCAGCUGCUAUGGCCAGGGGAACUGGUGUGGCAGCCAAUGCCAAAUCAAACUCUAUCCAUCAGGUGACAUCAUCCUGCACUGCAAUGACAUCAACUAACUAGGUUUGGUUUGGCUUUUUUAAAAAAAAAUGAACUCAGGAGAAUUUGACUCCCUAGUGUGACAAGAUUGACAUGCAGGCUGGAAAUUCCCCAUUCCUGCUACAGUGGUUUAAAAGCAGAGGUGGGUGGAACUCUGGCCAGUUUCCAGUGGACCAGCAAGUGGAAGAAAAGGUCACAGCAAGCUUAGGGUAGUUAAAUGUAUGUAGUGUGUUUUUGGAAACUUAUCCUGCUUAGUUGAGAGAAAGCAGGGAGGCAAUGUUGAGAACACUAGAGCAAGUCUUGGCGAUUGCAUAUAUAAUUAAAGUGCAUCAUUAAUCUCUUUACAAUUUUCUGGUUUUUUACAGCCCAAACCAUGCCAGUAUUGCAAUAUAAUCGCUGCAUUUAUUGGUAACAAGUGCCAGCGUUGUACAAACUCCGAGAAGAAGUACGGACCACCACAUUCGUGUGAGCAGUGUAAGCAGCAGUGUGCCUUUGACAGGAAAGAUGACAGGAAAAAAGUGAGUGCCUAUAUACAUUCAGCAUGAAAAGUGAAGAAGCUGUCUGCUGUGUGUAGAUUCUGAGCACCAAAAGGCUAUUUAACACAUGAUACAGUUAAAAGUAUGUCCUACAGAUGUUCCAGCUUUGCAGGGGGUUGGACUAGAUAGCCCUUGUGCCCCUUCCAACUCUAAGAUUCUGUGAUUCUGUGUGCUCAUCAGAUUGCUCCCUACUGAGUCGUCGUUAUGACUUUGGUAUUGUCAUUAUUUUCACCAUGUCAGGAGGUGGAGUACGCGUCAAAGUCAACUACCAAACAUUAAGUCCCUCGCAAUAGGGACUGAGGGACCUCCUCCUCAUUGGCUCACUGCAUUUCCUUGGAGUUUUUCUGCCUCUUGCAGGUGCCCACUGCCCUGAUGUCUCCUUUGCUCAGUGAGACAUGGAUUCCACAUGGGUUCCUGGCCAACAUCUUGAGAUCUGGCCGGGCAUCCAGCAUGAGAAGGAGUGAAACUUAAAUUCACUGGUUUUAGGGGAAAGAUUGUUGUGUGAAUUGGCUUGUAUCUUUAUCACCAGUAAUACAUGGUGCCUUCCAGAUGUCAGAUACCAGCUCCUGUCAGUCCCAGCCAACAUGGCCAGUUCUCAGAAAAACCGGGAGUUGUAGUCCAGCAAUAUCUAGAAGGCACCACAUUGGCUACCCUUAAGUUGAAACGAUCGUGACUAUUUUGUUUCUAAAUAUGGUCUGUUUCAGAAGAGCUGCUUCUCAGUUCCAUUUUGGCUGUUGUGCUUUUCCUUUUGUCCAGGAGAGUGUGUGAUAACAUCCUGCCUGUUUUGUCCCUUUUCUCAUCUACCUAGGUGGAUGGGAAGCUACUCUGCUGGCUUUGCACACUCUCCUAUAAAAGAGUCUUGCAGAAGACCAAAGAGCAACGUAAGCACUUGAGCACCUCUUCCCGGACAAGCCUGCCGGAAAACGAACAGUAUGGCCGACUCAGUGGUGGCACCCACUACAACAGGUAAUGCGCUAUCAGUGUAGCUCCCUUGGCAGCUUCACUCUCUGUGUGCACUCCUGGGGCAUAUGGAGGCGUAUGCAGCAGAAAAGCAGGCUUGCUUUUUCUGGCCAAAGGAUUGUGGCCAUCCUACAGACCUUCAGUGGCCUUUUGAACUCUGAGAUAGGAUGUAUACAAACAUGCAUGGAAAGAUGCAAGGGUUCUAUGAGAAGGCAUGGAACGUUGGAAGCUGCUAUUGGUCUAUCUGGCUCCAUAUUGUCCACACUGAUUGGCAGCAGCUCUCCAGGGUUUCAGACAGCAGUUUCUCCCAGCCCUAACUGGAGAUGGCAAAACUGCCUUCUGCUGCAAAGUGAAGAAAAAAAACUGUUUUCCCUGAACUCUGUCUGGGGGGAGAGGAUGACACUUUGGCCCAAAAUGUGUCUAAUGCACUUCCACGGUGGGCUAGCUGCUAAAACUGUAUGUUUGAAUGCUUCUGUAGGGUAAACCAAUAUGUUCUUGAAUAUUAGGAUAUGUUCCUCAAAUCAUUUAUUAAGGGAGCUCUCAAUAGCAGGCUGUUGCAUUAUGGUAAAUAAGAAAUAUUCGUCUUUUGGUGUGGUUUGCUUUUUCAGAGGACCAAAGUAUGCGCUAACACAUAUUGCAGUCCUCUUGCUUUAAAAACAAUAAUAAACCCAAGCCACCUUUGGGUUUAUUUGGGAUUUAGAGCAGGGAGGUGAUUAGGAGAGAAACAGCACUUGCCUGUCUAUUUAAAAACUAUUUUGACAUUUAAGCAGGCAUGGCCCACAUUUCUUCCCAGCUGUGAGGACUGGAAACUUGCUGCUUUACUCUGUACUUCUGUACAAGUUGAGGAGCCUGUGCAGCAACUGGGAAGGUGGAAAUCUUUAGUGGCUUUGUAGUGCACUGCUGCUAUUUAAAGUUUAUUUUUUGAUGAAUUCUGCACCCAGUGCCACAUGGGAUCACAACAUACACAUUGCCCUGCUUAAAUGUGUCUUGGAAACUGCUUGGCAAGGAAGUGUGUGAGUCGGGAUAGCGUAUUGGAUACAAUCAGGGUUUCUCUUUCUCAUACAUACAUACAUACAUACAUCCCAUAAGUUACCUCACUGGGUUGUUGGGACGAUAAAGUGGGAGGAGGGUUUAAUGUACCACUCCCAAUAACAAGUGUUGCAGUUUUUUCUACUUUAGUCACAAAUCCACAGCUUCGGCACAUAACUAGUAUUAAAAUGUGUAGCCACUGAGUAUGGUCAGGGUGUUCCCCCCUCUUUUUUUAACAGGUGCAUUAAAGGUCAUCUCAUGUUUACUUCUGUUUAAGAAACCCUGCUGCUUUAUCCACAAAGAGUUCUUUUUUUUUUAAGGAGCAUACUGCAGUUAAUUGAAAACAACCAGAAAACUGUCUUGGAAUUGCCAAACUUCUUAACGGUGUGUUUUGUUGCUUUGUUUCCUUUUGCAGCCAGAAAACAUUAUCUACAUCUUCUAUUCAGAAUGAAAUCCCAAAGAAAAAGCCCAAGUUUGAUGCCAUAUCAGCCAAUGGAGACAGGUGAGCGCCUUAAAAUUUGGAAGUGCGGGUGGGUGGUCUGAUCUGUUUUUAGUUUUAAAAGAAAAAGAAUUAGAAAACUUUUCAGCACUUAGAGACUUAAAGAGUGAAACUUAUCUUCUGGAGCUGCAAGGCUCUUGUGAACCAACUUUAUCAUUAUGGGGAAAACGUUUGGCGAUAGGUUGCGUUUCUUUUGCAUGGUUAUACGUGCAGUUUUGGGAUUCCAGACUAUGCUGUUAAAUUAGGCAGUGCAGAAUAGAAAUAUAUUAGAGAAAAGAAAGCUACUGUCAAGCAAGAUCAUACUUUUAAAAAGAGACCCACUUUACCCCCAUCCGUUGUUUUGGGAGAAGGAAAGCCUCUGCCAAUCUCUGAAAUCUGUAGCUUCUGUUCUGUGACUGCUGUGUGCAAAAAAAUGUGUUGGUUCCCCCCCCCCCUUCCCCAGCAAGUGACAUAGUAGGGUAGGUUUGGGUUUCCCUGACACUUAAAAUCAGGAAAGAAUGAGGAGGGGGGCGGGGUGUAGUUAGCAUUGAUGCUCUUGAUGUGCAUAUUUUCAUUCCUCCCUUUCCUCUCUAAUUCUCAGCGUUCCUUCCUCUCCCGAGAUGCUUUGCCCCCCUAUCCAGAGUGCCCCGUCCGUGUUGGUGCAGUGGGCUGCUUCCCAACAGAGUCUCGGUGCCCAUGAUUGUCCUGUUUCUCAAGGCACUGACAUCCUGAAGUGAGAUCACCUAUCAUUUUCUCCCCCACCCGUUUCCUCCCCAACCCUGGGAAUUGUCUCAUUUUAUGGAAGCAAUCCAUGCUCUUGGAUUUCCUCCUAAAGCAUAUCAUUCCAGGAGCGUGGGCCAGACUGUAGGCCAGGACUUCUAAGUGUGUAGGUAAUUUGUUGGCAAUUGCUUUAUUAACCAUCGCUUGAAGGUCUGGUCUAGUUCCAUGUUACAACUCUCCUGUCACUCCCUCAUUGUCUGUGAUGGCUACAUUUAGAAAUAUCAAGGCAUGAAAUCCAUGUGCGGAGACAAUAUUGUACUAUACACUAAUAUCGAACUCCUUAUUCUAGUGUGCGUUCUCAUAGAGCCAAGGGGGCAUUAUCCACACACAAGAGGGAGAUACUGGCAGGAUUUGUUUUUUAUAUAUUUAUAGAAUUUAUAUCCUGCCCUCUUCCUCCCAAAGUUGCCCAGGGUGACAAACAGGUGGUAAAACAAUAAAAACAUCUCCAGUGUGGAUGCAGAUGGGGAAAGGUCUCCACUUAAAACGCUUGUUGAAAACAGAAGUUCUUCAGUAGGCCCUGAACAGACAACCCGAGUGGGUGCCUGUCUAAUAUUUAAGGGGAAGGAAUUCCGAAAAGGAGGUGCCAUAACGCUAAAGGACCAAUUCCUGUAUUGUGACGAAAUAGACCUCCUGACAAGAUUAUAUCUGCAGGAGGCCCUCGCCAGGAGAACUCGUAAUCAAUUGGAUUUGUAAAGAGAAUCCUGAACCCAAGCUAUGUAGGGCUUUAUUCAUCAAAACAAACACCUUAAACAUACCCCAGUAGCUAAUUGGCAGCAAGUGCAAGUCUUUCAAGAGUGAGGUGAUGUGUUGGCCAUGUCCUGCCCCAGUGAACAGUCGAGCUGCCACAUUUUGCACCAAGUGGAGCUUCCAGACCAACCUCAAGGGCGGCCCCACAUAGAGCACAUUGCAGUAAUUCAGCCUGGAGGUUACCAGUGCUUGAGAGAACCCCAACGCUUGCAAAAGUACAAAAAGCCACCAACAGCCUUUAGGAAAAGAAAGCUUUAAAUUUUGCUACUUUGAUAGUGAUUUCCUUAAUGGAGCCUGACAAAAGGAGGGAAGUGUAACAUUUAUCAGAUCUGCCUGGGAAUUCAGUUAAAAUAGUUAAAAUAUAUAAGGAACAGAUGUCCUUAUAAUAUAAGUAAUAUAGUAAUACAUGCUCAAUGGUUUCAAUGCUUGACUGACAAAAGCUAGACACAUUGAUUAUAAGGAAUGUAUGAGGAUCUCCUUUCCAAUAGAGUAAAUGGUAAGGUAUUAAAGCCAGCUAUGGUAUUUAGAAAUUUCAAAAGUACCAUAUUCACUUGAGUCUAAUGUGCCAUCAAAUCUAAUGCACACCUUAAUUUUCACAACCUAAUUUGGCCAAAAAAGAUGAGCAUUAGAUUAGAGAAAAUACAGUAUACAGAUAAUCAGCUGGAAUGAAGUUUUUGCUACAGUUUCCUGCUGCUGAGUAGCAUGCAGUUUGAACUUUAUCCUUUUGGAGAGCUACAUCCCAGAUUUGUUGUUUAAUCAUAUCUGUAGCUCCCAAGGUCAGAGCUGAGGGGCUGAACUCAUAUAAUUUUUUCGCCUCUGUAGCUCUCUCCCAGCUAGAGAAGUUGUCUGAUAAAGUAAAUGGAGCUAAACUAGAGGGGUUAGGAUUUCACUUGAGGCAGUGGAUAAUUUUGUAGAACCAUGCAUAUGCUUCAAGUGGGACUGUACCAGAUUCCACUCUUGAGUAAGGCGUUUGGAUUGCUGUGUGGGAUGCCAUAGAUGCUGCAUAGGCAUUUGGACUGUAUGGCUUUCUCACUGACUCCAGCACCCCCUACCCCAGCACCACUUCCUGCAAUGUGGAUAACAGAACGAAACAACUUUACAGGGCCUUUGUGAGGAUUACUGAGCCAAUGUGCAUGAAGCCAUUUGGAGCACUUGAAACAUACUAGAUAUGAUGUUCAUGGCAUGACCACAAUUCAUGUGCAUUUUAUCAUUCUAUUUAACACAAAUGGCUCCCAGGUGUUUAGAAACCUUGGAAAUUCAGGAUCCCAAAAUGCUUGGAUGCCUCCCUGAGUAUUGGAGGCUCCCCCACUGCAGGAAACCUUAAACACACAGAGCUAGUGCGUGUCCUCUCCUCUCCAUCCAUAAGACAAGAUACUGUAUUACUGAAUCUAUAUCAAGUUUCAGUGAUUAGAGCAGUAAGAAUAAAGGCUUGUAUAUGUAUGCUUGAUUUAAUUCUUAUUGCUCUAAUAAUCACUCUAUAUUCUGUACACCUAAACCUACUAGACCAUGGCGUACAUGCUAUGAUUUCGAAACGACUAUCUAAGGAAGAGAGUGCAGUUUUUUAGCACAGACCUGCAAUUUCUCCUCAUUGCCACGGGAGGGCAGGCAGAAACCAGCAUAAAGAAAUCACAGGUUUGUUGUGAUCCAUAAGAACUGGGGUUUGUGAGCAACCUGGCUGGAACUAGCCUUUCAGCCGGGUCUGUUAGGCUCUUGUCACCUGCUAUAUUCUGGAUGGUGUAGCAGAAAACUUUGCAAAAACUGCACAGUUGAGAUCCAGCAGCACCCAGAGCAGGCAUGGGGAACCUCUGGCCCUCUUGAAAUUGCUGGAUCAAGGGCCAAGGCUGAUUCAGUUCAGCAACAUCUGAAGGGCCAAAGGUUCCCCACACUUUAUCUAGAGGCUCCCUGGUUCCACAGCUCCCAUUUCUCAUUUCACAGCAAACUUGCACCAUUUGCAACCCGCCAAGCUUAUGGCAGCCUGUUACUAUACCUCCUGUUUUUGCUGCCUGCCUGGGACUGACAAAGGGUGGGUCGGUGAGUUGUGAAGCUGAUGGACUGCAUGGUGUGUCUCAAGCUGAAGAGCCCGUUCAGUAGUUAGGAAGGUGGACAUUUUUGGCAGCGUUGUACAGUGCUGCCUGCCUCACUUAAGGCUGGUCAGUAUGGUGAGGAAAAAAACUCUGAAGUUCCAAGGGAGUCCUCGUCUGCCCUGUGAUUGCUUUGCCUGACCUCCCUUUGAGGACUCUGGGUCUCAAGUUAUUUGGAAAUGAGCGAUAUUACAUAAGCGCAGUCUUGUACUGAGCGGCUUGCCUGGUAACCAUAGGCAAGCCAGGUAUUCCAUGGAGGUCAUAUGGGGUGAACGUGGCCCUGCGGGUAUCUCUGUCUGGCCCUCAGGACUCUCCCCAGGCCUUCACCUGCCCAGCUUUCUACUCUUAAGGAGUGGUUUGAUUCCUGGCCGAGUUGUGUACGUUGAAGACAACAAGCAGACACUUCCGCAGUCGCAGGAGUGGCUGUGGUUGUACCUUUGUACAGCCUGCUUCACAAUAAUGCUUCCCCGUGUUAAUGUAGGUGUGGCUCCUAGUUCAGAUGGAGGGUGCUUGCUUGUGUGUAGGAGAAGUUGACUGUGAAUGGACCCUUCACAGAUAGAUAAAACAAUGGUUUCUGAAAAUGGGGUAUUGCUGGAAAACCUCACCCUCCCACUCUCAUUUUAGCUACUUCUUUUUCUGUUCUUUGACUUCUGUAAUGAAAGUGCUGUCAACAGAGUUGAAAUACUGUCUCUCUCUUUACUGUCUCCCCCAAGAACUUUCACUGUUUCAUAGGGUUGCUCUUUCCAUUUGUGUGGUUCUUUCUGUCUCUAGUAUUAAUAUUUAGGUUUCAUUAAAUGGGUUGUUAAAUCUGGACCAAGGCAGUAGUUACACCUGCUGAAAUCCAUGUGACUUGAUAAGUAAGUUUUGAUCUUAAGUGGAAAUAAUAAGUGUGCCGUACUUGGUCUGGAUCCACCUUCUGCAGAUUCCCCAUGAUUUGGGAUAACAACAACAACAACAACAACAACAACAACAACAACUUAUACCCCACCCAUCUGACUGGGUUGCCCCAGCCACUCAGAGUAACUUCCAACACAAUAUUAAAAAAUAUAAAUUUACAUCAGGGGUAGCAGUGACUCUUUGCAUAUCCAAAAUUUGCAUGGGAUAGUAAUGCAGUAGCAUUUAUGGUGUGUUGUGUUCAUGUUGGGUUUCAAACCUAACCUGAAAAAGCAGUGAUUGUGUUCCUCAUGGGGAACAUGUUCAUGCUGCUGCUGGGAAUCUUGGUCUCUUUGAUCUCCAAGGGCAAAGAGUGCAUCCCCAAAUGCACUUGGGGAUAUAUUACUACUCUGCUUUACCAAUGAAACAAUGGACAAACACACUUUGACUAAAGUUUGACGAGGACAUAUCAAGGUACAUUGUUGCCUGCAAGCCAUCAAUUGGCCAUUCGUGUCUUCACUGCAGAUUUAAAGUAGCUUGGUAGUCUGGGAACUGUAGUGCUGCAAGGGUGGAUUCCCAGGAUUCUUUGGAAGAAGCCAGGAGAACAGAGGUGGGGAACCCGGUGCCCUCCUGAGGUUGUUGGACUCCAAAUCCCAUCAGCUCCAAACAACAUAGCCAGUAGUCAGAGACAAGUAUAGUUGCAGUCUCACAGCACCUAGAGGGCUACAGGAUCCCCAUCGCUGCCAUAUAUGUUUGUGGUAUAGAUAUGCCCUUGUUGAGGGUGUUUAGAAAACCUCAUGCCAUAUCCACUUCUUGGCUUUUGAUUCUCCUUACUGUCUUAUCCCUCCCUCUCUCUGCAUGUGAAACAGCAUUCUUUAACAUCCCACAUUUUUGGCCACUGAAUGUUACAACAUGAAGAAUACCAAAGCACAUGAACUCAUUUUGCACAGUGUAGAAGAUCCAUGGCUCAGAAUUUUUCUAAGCUGCUCUUUGGUGGUGUGUUCACAAUAGUGUUUCUCACCCUGCCUUAAAGCUGCUAUAUUGAAUAUGGGAAGCCGAUUAGGAUGUUGAGCUUUAGGACUAGGCUGAUAGCAAUGCACUGAAAUUCAACAAAGACAGGUAUGCACAGGUGUGCUAAAUAGUGCAGAGAAACUCCAAACAGAGAAAAUUGAUGCUGUACUGAAGAUUUAACAUGAAUCCACACGGAAAAGGAUAAUAUCAUACAGCUGCAAACAAGGGGGAAGAUAGAAGUUUAGGAGAACUGCUUAUUAGUUCAUUUUGUGUAAAGAGAGUGAUAUGAUCAAGAAAGACGCAUAGCGUUCUUCCCUCUUCGCAGGAUGUACAAUGAUAAUGGUUUAGAUGCAAUGCAGAUCAACCUAUGCAUAUUUACUUGGAAGUAAGUUGAAUUCAACAGUGCUAGCACUCAAGGAAGCAUGCAUAGGAUUGGAGCCAUAGCUGUUGUCCCCUUUGUCGUGAAGAGUGUUGGAGACACAUCAAAUAUUAGCUAAACUUUUGCAAUGGUAAUUGGCCAAAGAAGAAGGUGGGAUUGUCUAUGUUGUCAUUUUAAAAGGGGGGGGGACACAAAAUGCCCCUGGCACAAUUUAAAUAUGUAGUUGGAGCAGCAUGCUUUUGACAAAUAGGUCAAGCAUGCCACACAGACCCUCCAGAUGUGUCUGAACUACAACUCCCAUUAUCCCUGGCCUUUGGUCUGACUUGCUGGGCUGAUAGAAGUAGGAGUUCAGCCACUUUUGGAGGGUCAGAGAUAUCCUGCAUCCGAUGCUGCACGUAUGUGUAAAUUUAAUUAUUGUAGAUCACCCUAAUACAUAUCCUCUGAAUCAGCCUUUCCAGCCUUGGGUCCCCAUAUGUUGUUGGUCUACUGUUCCUUUCAUCCUUGACCAUUGGCUGUGGUCAGCAACAUCUGGGGACUCAAGGUUGGGAAGGGUUUCUCCAAACACAUUUCACUGAAUGAUGAUAACUAGAUGACCGUGGGGGACUUUGCAGGCUUUCCUGUUAGCCUGUGGGACUGACCUCUCUUGUUCACGGCUUACCAUCCCAUCUGAACUGGAGCCCAGGGAUGAGUAAUUAAUGAUCUCCCCCUUACUGUCUCUUUAUAGCUUUUCUCCAGACCUUGCCUUGGACUCUCCUGGCACCGACCACUUUGUCAUCAUAGCCCAGCUGAAAGAGGAAGUGGCUACUCUCAAGAAAAUGCUGCACCAAAAGGAUCAGAUGAUCCUGGAGAAAGAGAAGAAGGUAACGUCCCCUUUGAGCCACCUCUCGGUGAGGCAAUGGGGCAUUUUAUUGUAAUCUGUUCUUAUUUUGCUUCCUAAGGAAGGUGAGGAGAGCUAGAGCUGGAUCUUUCAUAAUAUCGCUACAGAUAAAAAAGGUAGUUAAAAGCUAUCAGGGUAGACUAAACAACAAGCCAUCUCUAUAAGUCUUGAGCUAGUGUUGAAAUGAUUGUCACAUUGCCACCUGUUGUGUUUGGAGGAUGGCAUUCUGUAGUUGGGGUGCCACCACAGAGAAGACUCUCUCCCUGUCUGCUGCAUAUUGAAAUUACCCUGGCAGCAGAACAUGGAGAAGAGCUUCCUCUGAAGAUCUCAAGACAUGGGCAGGAUGGUGUAAGGAGAGGUGCUCUUGUGGGUGUUUGGAUCCCAAGCUGAAAGAUGGUUGGGCACUGGUUGUGUUUCAUAAUUUUGGAAGUUAAGCCAUAAGGCAGUCUUCAGGAACCUGGUGCCCUCCAGAUAUUCUGGAUUAUAACUCCCAUAAGCCUCAGCCAGCACAGCAACAGCUGAUAGGAGUUGUAGUCCAAAACAUCUGGAGGGCACCAGGUUGGCAAAGGUUCUGGAAGAAUUUUGUUGGAUCUCAGCUAUGUUCCUGCUUCAUUUUUCAAGCUAAAUAUAUAUGGAAUUUAAUAAAACUCCUUAUCACCUUGUUCCCAGGUGGCAGCCCUGCAGCUUAUUUAGCAUACUGGAUUUCUACAAGGAUAUCUCCCAUUUUAUGGCAAAUAUUAAUUGCAAAUGAAUUUUAACUGCUUUGAUUUCUUUUGCUUGUGUGUGUUCUGCAGAUAACUGAACUGAAGGCUGAUCUGCAGUACCAAGAAUCCCAGAUGAGGGUGAAAAUGAACCAGAUGGAAAAGACUCACAAGGAAGUCACAGAACAAUUGCAGGUAACUUUGUUUAACUUGGUCCAUUAAUUAGCAUUCACAGGACUGAUUGGAUCCUGAGAACACUGUGACCAGCUCUGCAAACCUUUGCAUUGUUAGAUCGACUAAUAUUCUACUCUGGAUUUCUAACAAUUCAAUACCUUUGGCCCAUUUAGUUCAUUGUUGCCUGUGCUGAUUGGCAGCAGCAUUCCAGAUUUUCAGACAGGUAUCUUUCUGAGUCCUACAUAAAGAUACGGAGGGCUGCAUCAUAAGAACAUAAGAAGAGUCUGCUGGAUCAAGCCAGUAGCCCAUCUAGUCCAGCAUCCUGUUCUCAGAGUGGCCAAGCAGAUGCCUGUGUCAGAACCCUGCAAGCAGGAUCUGAGCUCACAAGAGCACUCUCCCCUUUUGUGGUUUCUAGCUGUGUUCAGAAGCAUUCCUGCCUCCAACUGUGGAGGCAGAACAUAGCCAAUAUGGCUAGGAGAAAUCAAUAGCCUUAUCCUCCAUGAAUUCAUCUAGUCCUCUUUUAAAGCUGUCUAAGUCUGUGCGCCUCCUUGCCUCCUAGCUUGGCAUCAUUUACCGAGAAGUGGUAUCCUUUACACAGGGGGUGCUGUGGUCUAAACCACGGAGCCCCUUGGGCUUGCCAGUUACUGUGAUGGGCUGAGCUCCCAUUGCUCUGUCCCAGGUUCUGCCAACCAGCAGUUCAAAAGCACACAGUUCAAAAGUGCAAAUAGGUACUGCUGCAGCGGGAAGGUAAACGGUGCUGCCGUGUGCUCUGGCACUCAUCACGGUGUCCCCUUGCACCAGAAGUUGUUUAGUCAUGUUGGCCACAUGACCCGGAAAGCUGUCUGCAGACAAACACUGGGUCCCUUGGCCUCCUUUGACUGGACUUAACCAUCCAGGCAUCCUUUACCUUUACCUAUCAUUUAUUCUGACUGGCAGCAGCUCUCCAAGGUUUCAGAAAGGGGGCGUUCCCAGCAGUACCUAGAGGCAACAGGGAUUGAACUUGGGACAUCCUGCAUAUAACUGAGCUCCAACCCUUUCCCAAGGGUCGCACUCUCAGGGGUGUGCAUGUUGGAUCAUAUUGCUUAUAUCCCUGGUUGUGUGACUGCAUCAGUGCCUUCCUCAUGAUGACUGGGAGAAUUGCCGGAUAGAUUGCUUUGCAUAAUUUAUUCAGGUUGCAGAACUGAGCUUUUCUCAGUGCAGAACUCCUCUCCCCUCUCCCCUCCCCCCAAGUUCUUUUAUUCUUUUCCAGUCCAGGAUUCUGUGUAAAUUGGCAGCAGUUACGCUGCCUGGGACUACUUCCCAACCCAUUCAAGUAACACAUGGAACCUCUCCUUCCUCCAACAGGCCAAGAACCGAGAGCUCCUGAAACAAGCCGCAGCUUUAUCCAAGGGGAAGAAAACGGAGAAGUCAGGAGCAAUAACCUCCCCUUAAACACUGCCUGGGAGCUCCUCCCGCAGUAAGGCUGCAAACCCAGCUGGUUGGGUUGGAAUCCUUCCAGAACCUCAUUUUGAUUGUUGUUGCGAUGGACGUGGUGGAAGCCUCUGCGUCUGACCAUUCAAUAGCAUGCUUGAGGUGUUGGAUUUUCCACAUCUUGUUCUCCUGUCCUAGUACAGCGAUGAGGGUGGCUGGGGGCAGCAUCCCUCCAAGCCUACCAACAAAUACUUUCAAUGUCAGGGUUUUCCCAUUCAGUUUUACUACCACUCCCUCGAGUCGGUAAGGGAAACAGGGCUUGGGACAGGAUCCCUCCACGGACUUCUCCUGCUUUCUCUCCUCCCCUCCCCCCAAGGCAUUUAACGUCCUGCCUGAGUAUAGCCUUUUAAAGAGCAGUACCUAACUUUGCUUACUCGUAAGAAUGCUUGCGUUUUGCUCUAGUAUGCAGAGCUCCUCUCAAAUGUUUCCCUUACGUCUGUAUAAUUGGGGGACGUUAAACCAGAUGGAGGUUUAAUGCAGCAACUGUGUAUCAGGAAUUCUGGAGGCUGAAGGGCCUCUUGGAAAAAAUACUGGGGACAUUAAUUUGGAAGAAAGGGGGUUGAUGAAUUGCAAUUUUGCUUAUUCAGUUGUUGUUGUUGUCGUCAUCACUUAUAUGGCAUUGGUUCUUUGAGAAUUAGGGUUCAGUCCCUGAUUAAGAUUUGCCUGCUUUUUCUCCUAGUCCCCCAACCCCUUUUGUCUGGAAUUGGGAGGGGAGGAAGGGAGCCUUUUCCUAAGACCAAUGGUUGGGUGAGGCCAGUCCCCAAUAAUGUGGUGGUAACUGGGCCGUAACAAGGCCCAAUUCUGCAGAGUUUUGAGGAAGUUGGGUGGAGAUCAGGCACCAUGUUUCCAGCUAACUUGGCAGCAGAACAAAGAGGUGUGAGGGAAGAAGGUUGUGUUAGGUUUUUUUCCCAAGAUGAUGGCUUUUGCAGGAGAAAGAAGCUGCUGGGAGUGCCAGCAAGGCCAAGAGACCCCUACCCCAAUUAGAGGAGAGAUGGGAUGAACUGCAGCUGUUUGAACCCUGCCCCUCAAGGCAUCUCUUUGGAAAUAGCAAGCCGUUCAAAUACAGUUGAGAUCCAGGCAAGGUAUUUGGCCAGGUUGCUCCUUUGUACAGAGCCCAGUCCGAAAUAAUGGGAGACACCCCCCCCCCCCUUUGUGGACAUGCACCUAACACAGCAAUCUGAGGUGGUGUGAGAUUAACUUUCUAUAAGAUAAAUAGAGCGAUAUUUGCUGCAGAUGGGCUUUUAUGGAUAUUUUAAAAUAUAUAAAUAUAUGGGAUGAUUUUUUCCCCAGUAGCACUUUGAAAGACCUACAAGCCUUGGAACGUGGAAGAAAGAAUAUUGAAACGUGCACUCUGCUGUGGGUUAUUUAUUUUUUAGUCUUUUUUUGCUUUGUUUAAAAGACAUUGUACAUUAAGAAUUCAUUGCACCAGAAGGAGUUGUAGCAGCAGAAGCCUAAUUUUUAUAUUCAAGAACAUUUUUAGGAAAAAGAAAUUUAAGCGGGAGUGGUUUUUAGCUUCCUCAGCCUACAGAAAAUGAAGACAAGGAGAAGGAUUUUUUCCUGUAAAUUGUGUCUUUUUUCUUAACUGUGACACCUUGAUCAUGCAUUUAAGUGGGUGAUUUAUAGUGAUGCUGUUUUUCUUUCUUUCUAUGUUUGUAACAUUGGCAAUCUUAAAAAAAAAGUUGCAUUGAUUUGUACAAAAUAAAUGUUAAAAAAAAAUGGUUUGGGGAAGAGGGGUGGAUCUUUUGGUGGUUUCAUGUUUCGAUAUUUUGCCUAUGCCUUUCUUGGUUGAGUCGGCAAAGAUAAACCAUUCCCCCCCCCCCCCGGCAUGGGCCUGAUCCAGGCGCAGGUGAUCAGCAUGAAGCACAAAGACCUUUUGGUGCUACUGUGGGAUUUGAUGUAUGUAGAGGAUUAAACAGUAUUUUCUGUAUUGAA